GCAUGCUCAAUUCUGUUAGGCCGAGUUGUUUGGGUACCUAGUUGGCAUAUCGUGUAAGUGACGUUGGCUGAGCUGGAACGCCAAAUUAAUUUUCCUCCGUUUCAGUUUGCAUUGCCCGUGAUUACGGAUAAACGGAUCAAGAGGAUAUCAAGUCGAGACAGUAGAAAUCAACUUCCACAAUGAGUAACGUGCAGCCACCCCCAAAAAUAGUGCUCAAAAGCACGACCAAACUUACUCUAAAUGAUCGGUUUACCAAGAUGAUCAAGGCAGCGCCGGUAUCUCCAACAGCAAGGAAAGCUGGUGCAAGGCAAGACACUCAAGUUUCUCAGGCCAAUCGUCGACUUGCACAACAGAUGCAGAAUAGACCCUCUGUUAGGGCAGCAUUAGGCAUGCAGGCACCUCAGCAGAAUCAGCCUCGGCCUCAGCAGCAGCAGCACCAGCAGCAAAUGCCAAAGCAGAGUGUGCAAGCCAGACUGGGUGCUGCCACCCAAGGACAGAGCAUACAGCAACGCCUGGGCAACAUGAGGGGAAGGGGCGCUGGUAUGAGAGGGAGGGGGGCUAUGAGGGGGAGGGGGGCUGGAAGGGGUGGUAUGAUGCAAAGAAAUAAUGCACAGGUGGGUAUGGAAAACAUGGGUGGUAUGGGUAUGGUCAGAGGGAGGGGUAGAGGAAGGGGCAUGAUGAUGAGCAGGGGAGGUAUGAUGGGGCCAAGGCAAGGGCUUAGGAGACCCAUGGGACGAGGGAUGAUGGCUAAGCAAGGACAGAGGGGCAUGAGGGGGGGUAGAUACAUGGUCCGGGGGCGAGGAGGGGCGAUGGCAGCAGCGGGUGGACGAGGCGGAGGGAUGGCCCGUGGAGCAGGCAGAGGGAUGACGAGAGGAGGAGCCAUGAGACAGCAGCGAGGACGAGGAGCCAUGACAGGAAGAGGCGCCGCGGCAGGAAGAGGUCGCCAGGCACGAGGGCGUGGCAUGAGGGCACGUGGUGGUGGUAGGGGAGCCCAGAGGGGGCGUGGUGCUGGUGCCCCUAACCCCACGAUGACCAGAGAACAGCUGGACAAUCAACUGGACGCUUACAUGUCGAAGACCAAAAACAGUCUGGAUGCUGAGCUGGAUGCAUACAUGGCUGACUCCUAGGGCCUGCUGCAUUGUUUUGUUUUUGCUUUGAAAUAUGUACUCUUUUUCUAAGUCACUAGAUGUCAAGGGGCAUAGAGGAUCUUCAAGAAAUCCUGUAUAUAGUUCUUUUUAUAUGCACUGAUUUAGGGAAGAAGAAAUCAAUAUUCUGUUACCUGUUGUGGGAUUAUGUAACGUUAACAUUCAAGAUUUUUAGAAAUAUAUGUACGAUUCGAUUGGGAGUAAAAAUAUGAUUUUUUUUUUAAAAGAAGAGACCCUAUUUCACUUUCCCUUUGGAGAAUUGCAGAUUUACAAUAUUAAAUGAAAGUCUCUUUAUUAUUAUAUACUCUGUUCCCAAAGCCUUCAGCUCUGUAUGUAGAUUGUAUCUUUUUAAUACAGGGCCCUUGGACAGGCCAAGGAAAAAGAAUCAUUUUCAAACUGAAAACAGAUGCUAGGCUUGAACUGUGCACAUUUUAUUGACACAUGUAUUUUUUAAAGAAAAAUAGUUUUUACUUCUCGAUUAUCAACAUUAAAGAGGACAACAAAAUAAUAAUUAGAUACUUUAACUGGUCAUCAGUUUAUAGUGCCCAAGAAAGUGAUGCCUGUUUGUCAACUAAGUCCACUCAAAUGAGUUAAGAACAAGUUUGCUAAGUCUUGUUGAAUUCAGGUGCAUUUUUAAGAUGCAAUUACAUAUACUAAACAGAGUUUUUGUUUUAAGAGCCACUGCAUUGGUACAAGAAAGAAGUUGCAAGUAUUCUUUUUACAUGUGUCCUAUCCAUCUCUUCUUUUUUUAGCAAAAAAAGGCGAACUAUCUCACCACAAUCUUCCACAGCAUCUUGUAUUGAAAUUGUAAUGUUGUAUCUACUCAAUAGAAGUGUUGCUGAAAAUGUUUGAAACUGCCAUAUGAAAGGUUGAAAUCAUGUACAUCAUGUAAUGCGCAUUCAUUUGCUAUUGUAUUUGUAGACAAUAUAAAAUCUCUACAUAAGGCCCAACCUCAUUUUGGUCCGCAGUUAUGUUAAUUGCUUUAAGUUUUGUGAGAUGAAUGAAUGCAUACCAGUAACUGUACAUAUAACUUCAAUCCCAAUCUCACCACGUAUGGCAAAUAUUUCCCUGAUUUGUCUGUAAUAUCACAUUUAAUCAUCCAAUUACACCACAAGAUUGAUAUGUUUAGAAAGUGUUAUGAAGCGAUCUCAAGCAUGUGAACGAAUUAUAGAAUAAGAAGAGACCUUGAAAUGGUAAGCUACAGUAAAACCAGGAAAACAAACAUAUUUUUCUUGUAUUCUAAGACUACACGGUUGCAGAUAAAUUCUGGAUCUUUUAGAGUUUAGGCUACCAUAAUAGCCUUUGUUAAUCAUUGCAGCUGGUAAAUACAAAUAUUGUCAACAUGAAUGCAGUAUUCUAUUUGAGUUCAUUCAUUUCCAAACACAAAAUAAAACACUAUAUCAUGUUGACAUGUGCAGGGCAUGUUUGAUAAUCGUUUUAAACGAACUUACAAUCAAUUAAUGUACAACAUGACUUGGAUCACAAAGAACUAGCAGUUAUGUCAAAUUUUCCAUAAUGUACGAGCAAUCGCAUAAUUUGAUUUUUUUUAAAAAUUACCAAACACCUGAACAAAUCAUAUCAAGAAUUACCGACAUAAGUUGAAAUUUUAUAAAUGCUCUAAUACGAUCUGUUCCAUAAUUAGAGGAAGAAGGGUAACAAAAAUCAGGGAAAUGAAUCAUAGGGGGCUAUGUUAGUAGUGUAUCCUAUAUUUUGAAAUGACAUGACAGUGUUGGGACCUCCACCCCCAAGCUUAAGAUAUUCCUUUGCCUUAUAAAUUGUGAAAUGUAUGUUAAUUUAAAAUUCCACAUCAUCCAAUUGUUUUGUAUUCCAGGUACCUGUCUUAUAAAGAGUUCCAAUUUGGAUAAAUCACAAGUGCUGUAAUCAAUCACAACUUUGCAGUCUUCUAUCUCUAAUGUACAUAGUUCAGUUGAAAUCAACUCUUUAUAAGACAGGGCCCCAGGACUGUGUAUAUGUUAUCAUUUUCUUUGUAUUUAUUUAUGAACUUAUACAUGUCCUUUUUACAUUGUUUAGAUUGAAAAGAAUUAUGGUGUUACUUGUUGUGCGAUUUCAUGAUUAUACCAUAGUGCUUCUUUCAGGCAUUCAUUCAGAAAUAUGCAGCAGAAAGAUUUGAUAGUACAUGGUGUAGACAACCAGCGCACAUUUUUUUAACAGUUGGAUGUAACCUUUUUACAUUUGUUUUGAACCUCCAUUAUCAGACUUUUUGAUGCAUAUGUAUAAUGGCAUACUAGGACAAGUAUAUCCAGAGGCGUUGCUGAACGUGCCAAGUGAAUAUCUGAUCAAAUUCCGGGGGGGGGGGGGGGGGGGGGGGGGGUGAAUGGGGAAGAUUUUGUUAAUAAGAUUAUAUAAGCUUGCUGACAUAAGUUACAGUUUGACCACUUGCAAGUCGUAAGAUUCAAAAUCUUGCGGACAUAUGCAACACCUCUGCAUAUACUUGUUCAUUUGCAUACUUAUCAAAGUGUGAUGUUCAUUGUGCUUUGUGUUUUGAUAAUAAAAUGCUAUUCAAUAAUACA